AUGGAGCGUGAAAAUAAUGCAGAAUCAAUGAGAAAACGGAGAGAGAAGAAAGAAGAAAAGAAAAAGGCCUCAAAGAAAAAAUAUUACGAGAAAAACAAGGUAAAAAUCUCCCAGCAGUAUGUUGAGAAAAAAUCAAAAAUGGCCGAAGAGAAGAGACCACGUGCGUCAUCUAAUACGGGUCGCCGCGGCAGGACAGCUACCGCUACUGCCAAAACGUUAAGUACAGAAAGGGUAAGAAAGUUUCGCCAGAAAAAAGCCGCAGAAAAAGAGGAAGAAGAACGAAGAAAAAGGCUUAGCAAGGAAAGAUCUAGGAGAUAUCGUGACAAGAAACGAGCUGGCGUACUUACAGGACAAUCCGUGAUGCCGACAGUUUCACCCGGAAGUUCUUUUAGUCCUUCCACAUUCCAAAGCCGUAUGGCGAAAAAGAGAGCUGUGGACAAAAACAAAAGCGUUUUAUCGAAAACUCCAGAGAAAAAGGUUGAAAUUAUAACGAAUCUGGUAUGCAGCCCUCGAACAAGAAAGGCACUGCACGAGAAAGGAUUGGUAAAAUCUCCAGAAGAGGAAAAAGAGGUUGAAGAGGUUGAAGCGUUGAGAGCUGUGGCAGCUGAUUUAAGCGGUGCAAUAAAAGUCCUGAAACACGACAAGAAAAAAGAGAGCCGGGCUGCUUUUGGCGCAAUGAAAUCGCUAGCCUUUGGAGAAACUGUAAAGAAGAAAAGACUUACCUCUUCAGUUUCAAAACUGGUUUCUCUUAAUAGGCGGUCAAUCAGGAAGGGCAUUAAACGCAGGGCUGAGGUGCUAAAGGGAGAUGAACCCAGCUGGCUGUUCACCAAAAGAAAGCCCAGAAUUGAUUCAGUAAAGGAAGAAGUUAAGCAGACCAUCUGUCAGUUCUGGACAUAUGAAGCAAGUAGGCCUACUGGUGACAAAAAAGAUAUUGUGCGCAAGCGUACUGGCCCUAAGCAAUACCUGGAGCAUGCAAAACAUGUGUUGGAGCAAACACAAAGUGAGGCAUAUUUCAACUUCCGUGCUCAACAUCCAGAGGUUGUAAUUUCGCAGCGCAAAUUUGAACAGUUGAAGCCUUACUUUGUGAAAGGAGCGAGAGAAAGAGACAGACGGUCCUGUCUAGGCUGGAAGCACGAGGAAGCAAGGCUGGUCUUCAAUGAAUGUGUCAAGUUUAGAAAGAACGUGUUAAAAGAAGCCACUCAUGCUGACAGUCCACCAGUACCAUCAUCACUCACAGAAGCUGUGGAGCUGACACUGUGUCCAAAGCCUGAAGGGAGUGAGUUUCACAAGUACUUUUGCAUUAGCAGAACAUGUGAACAUUGUGGAACACAUCUUUUCAGGCUUUUACCAGAAGAAAGCUCGGAGAAUGGCUCAGUCAAGUGGAAGCGCUUUGAGUAUGUGGCAUCUGGAAAAGUGACAUCAUCUGGGGAACAGCAGAAGAAGAUCGCCCUUGUGCAGAAGGAACCUUCACCAAAAGAGCUUUUCCAGUAUUUCAUUGAGUUGCUAGACACCUAUCCCCAUCACCAGUUCAUGGCCAUCUGGCAAAGAAAGCAGCUCGAUGAUCUACUGGAAAAUCUUCCCCUUGGUCAUGUUGUCUGUGUCCAUGAUUACUCAGAGAGCUAUGCCUGCAGGGGACAAAACGAAAUACAAACCCAGUAUUUCGAUGUCAACAAAGCUAGCCUUCACAUCACUGUAAUGUUCCGCCAUGCCACCAUGGAAGCUGAUGGGAAGGAGAGCACUGCAGAGGAGCCAGUAGUAAUCAAGGAACAUGUGUUUGUUAUCAGUGAUGAUCCAGUGCAGGAUUUUGACUCAGUACAUCAUGCACAGUCACUCAUUGCAAAAUACCUAACUGAAGAUCUUAAGGUAAAAGUAGAGAAAAUGUAUGAGUUCACUGACAGUUGUGCAGCUCAGUAUAAGUCAAGGCACUGCAUUGGGGACCUUUCCUGCUGUGUUGCAGAUUUUGGCUUUCCAAUCCAGCGCAAUUACUUUGAAACAUCACACGCAAAAGUUGAGCAAGACGCUGCAGGCUCUCACGUGAAGCAACAAGCCUCACUUGCUGUGAUACGUGGAAGAGCUGACAUCAACAAUGCCAAGCAGCUCUGUGACCACUUUACUGCAAACUUCUCUUUGCCUGCACAGUCUUCCUUCCCUUCCCGUUCCACUGCAGUGAGCCUGAAGAGAAGACUGUUGUUUUAUGUUCUAGCAGAAGGAGAAGAAGCUGUUUCUCGUCAUCGAGAAGGCCGCCGUUUCAACACCGUCAAGGGCAUCAGGAAGUUGCACUCUGUGGCCACUUCUCCUCAGCAACUAAAGGUUCAUGUCAGGCAGCGCUCUUGCUAUUGCGGUGAAUGCCUCUACGAAAACUAUCCUGACUGUAACAGU